AUGUUGCUCUAUGACCCCUACACUAUGAUUGUACUUGGUGGUUUCAAUGGAGAUGAUCGGCUUACUACUGUUUGUACAUGGAAAAUCGGUCAUCUAUCAUGGUCGGAAGAUGCACCAUCGAUGAAGAACAAGAGGUUUGAUGGUAAAGAAUGGAAAAAUAUGCCGGAUCUACCAACAAAUCGCAGCGCAAUGAAAAUUAUCGUACUUCCGGACUUCCGCGAUUUUGCAAUGACAAAACUUGGCAAUGAAGAAACAAGAAAGAAAUGGUUGGAGCAGGAACGCGGAAUCACUCUAGAGAAGAGCGGGUAAUA